AUCCCCGACGUGAAUGCGGAGAGAAAUUAGCGUUAUUUUUUGGUUUCCAGCUCUCUGUUCGUAACCACCACCGUUCAGCACUUUGCGGAUGACUUGGCAUCACAUAGCCACAUAGCGGAGCCGCAGACAGGCAGUGUUUUGGGGGACAUCAUGGGCGGAAAGAAGAAGAAAUCGGCGGCUCAAGCGGCGGCUCCGGUGGCCCAAACAGCGGCGGCAGCAGCAGCGGGCAGGACUGGUGCCGCUGCACCGGGGAACGGCGUGGCGGAGGAGGCGAAGAAACAGCCAGCAAGCAACAAACCAGCUAAACCAGCCAAAGAGAUCAAGUCAAAAGCUCCAAAGACCUACAGUCUUGCCAACACUGCUCAGGUUGACACAGGUGGAGUUACGGACAAGUCGAUUCUUAAAGUUUAUAUCCAAGCUGACCUGGAGAAAAAGAUCAUCAAGCUGAUCAAUGACUUCAGGGAGGAGAAUGGGGACAAAGGGCCCAUAUCGGGCAGACUUACGAGCAAGAAGUUGCUGGACUUGUACACAGCUCUGCAGAAGUUUAACUUUAAGAGGGAGCACAUUGAGGAGGCGAUGAAGAGUAGCGUGCUCUACGGAGGGGAUCUCCACUCUGCUCUCGACUGGCUCUGCCUCAACCUUAAAGAUGAUGAGCUGCCAGAAGGUUUCAGCCAGCAGAUGCAGGAGGAGAGCCAGAAGAGCAGGCCCAGGUACCAACCUCCUGCUCAGCAGAAACCUGCAGCCCCGGUCCCCAAAGCCCCCGACAACACCCGCAAAGAGACCACCAAGGCCACAGAGAAGGAUGAAGCUGCGAGCAUGAAGGACUGGAUCUUAAGGUAUGCGGCGCAGAGCAGUGAUGAGGAGGAGGAGGAGGAAGAAGAGAAAGGAGGGAAGAAGACUGCACACAAUCCUGAACUGGAUGAAAAGUUUGAUCCAAAUGACCGGUAUUUGGUCCUUACUGCACAACUGUAUGACACAAAAGAAAUGGCAGCUACUGCCAAGACAAAAGGAGACAAGGCGGGCCAGAGGAUGGCACAGGACAGGAUACGCGUCAUACAGCAAGAAAUGAAGCAACUCGAGUCCCACCCCGUGUUCAAUCCAGCUAUAAAAGUGGUAGACGCGCCUCAAAAGGAAAAGAAAGCACUUCCUGUCGCCUCGGACAAAGAGGACCUGAGCUUCAAGUUAUUCGAACAAGCUGAAAAGGACCCUCCUGCGGAGAAAGUUGUCAAAAAGAAUGAGCCAAAGGACAUUCGCAAUUUUGACUACACAGCUCGCAGCUGGACAGGAAAGUCCCCCAAACAGUUCCUCAUCGACUGGGUACGGAAGAACCUGCCCAAGAGUCCAGCUCCGGCUUUUCACAAGGUUGCUGCUGGUAGAUACUGGAGAUGCAAGGUGCGUGUUCAGAGGCUAGAUGAUGUUCUUGAAGUUUGUCCAACGAUCCUGACUGAGGACAGCAUGCAGGCGCAGCAUCUGGCAGCGACACUGGCACUCUACAACAUGAUUAAAGGACAGUCAGUGCACCAGCUCCUCCCUCCAACCUACAGAGACGUGUGGCUGGAAUGGAGGGACAGCGAGCAGCAGAAACAGGAGGAGAGCCGCACCGCUGCCAACAAGCCUCGAGACCAGUUCAUCUCCCGGCUUCUGACCAAACUCAAACAGCAGCAGAACCAGAACCAAGCGCAGGAAUGUGGAUCCCAAGGGCAGCUGGGACAGGGCGGGGCUGAUGAUGAAGAGCCUGAAGAGUCUUGGGAGAACCUGGCUGGUCUUGAUAUUGGGGAGGGAGGAAAAGAACUGGAGGACAAGAAUGAGAAAAGAGGAGGGAGGAAGGAAGGGGCAGGAGCACUUCAGGCAUCGAGAGAGCUUUUAAAAAAGCUGAAGAAGUCCUCACUGGCCCUCAAACUGCAGGCAGAGAGAGAGCAGCUUCCUGUCUUCCAACACCGGCACCGUGUCCUGGAGGCUCUGCAGCGGCACCCUGUGGUGGUGGUGGCCGGUGAGACGGGCAGCGGAAAGAGUACUCAGAUUCCUCAGUUCAUCUUGGAGGAGCUUUUAACGGGAGGCAAAGAGGCGCAGCCCUGCAACAUCGUGGUGACCCAGCCCCGCAGGAUCUCUGCCAUGAGCCUGGCCUGCAGAGUCAGCCAGGAGCUUGGCUGCGAGGACGGACCGGGAUCGAAGUCGUCACUGUGUGGAUACCAGAUCCGCAUGGAGAAUCUGUCUGGGGAGUGGACCCGCCUUCUGUACUGUACUACUGGAGUUCUGCUCAGGAAACUGCAGCAUGAUAAACACCUCAGCUCCCUGACGCACAUCAUCGUAGACGAGGUCCAUGAGCGCAGCGUCCAGUCGGACUUCCUGUUAACCAUCCUGAAAGAUGUUGUCAUGAGGAGAUCAGACCUGCAGCUGAUCCUCAUGAGCGCCACAGUGGACUGUGACAAGUUCUCCAACUACUUUAACCGCUGCCCAGUGAUCAACAUCCCUGGCAGGACUUUCCCAGUGGAGGUGUCUCACUUAGAAGACAUAGUGGAGCAGACUGGAUACAUCCUGGAAAAGGACUCAGAGUACAGCCAGAAAAUUCUUGAAGAAGAAGAGGAAGUUAGCAUCUCUAUCACACAAAAAGGUGGCAAGACUUCACAGCACCAGGAGGUGAUAGUGAGAGACCCCUCCUCCGGCUGGGACCUGGGUCCAGAUCUCGACCACUUCAGCAGCAGGACUCGGCAGGUUCUGCAGUACAUGAAUCCUAAUAAGAUCAACAUGGACUUACUGGUUGACCUCAUCGACUACCUCGACAAAUCGCCACAGUUUGCCGAGGUGGAUGGAGCCGUUCUCGUGUUCCUCCCAGGUCUGGCUCACAUCCAGCAGCUCUACGACCUGCUCUCCUCAGACAAGAGGUUCAAGGACAAAAACAGGUACAGGAUUGUUGCUCUCCACUCAACUCUCAAGGACCAGGCUUCUGCCUUCACAGUGCCCCCUGCUGGAGUUAGAAAGAUUGUCUUGUCGACUAACAUUGCUGAGACCGGUGUGACUAUUCCUGACGUUGUGUUUGUCAUUGACACUGGAAAGACUAAAGAAAAUAAGUACCAUGAGAGCAGCCAGAUGAGUUCUCUGGUGGAAACUUUUGUUUCCAAAGCCAGCGCCCUCCAGAGGCAGGGAAGGGCAGGGCGUGUCCGAAGCGGCUUCUGCUUCAGACUCUACCCAAAAUACAGGUUUAAAGCCUUCAUGGAUUACUCCAUUCCAGAGAUACUACGAGUCCCAUUAGAGGAGCUCUGCCUUCAUAUUAUGAAAUGUCAGUACGGCUCCCCAGAGGACUUUCUGAGCCGGGCCCUGGAUCCUCCUCAGCCCCAGUCGGUCAGUAACGCCAUCAACCUGCUGAGGAAAAUCGGUGCGUGUCACCUCAACAAUCACCUCCUCACCCCUCUGGGACACCACCUGGCGAGUCUGCCCGUCAACGUGAAGAUUGGCAAGAUGCUCAUCUAUGGAGCCAUCCUCGGCUGCCUGGAGCCAAUAGCAACCAUCGCAGCAGCCAUCACAGAGAAGUCGCCGUUCUCCACACCAAUGAAUAGGAAGGAGGAAGCCAACCUGGCCAAAGCUGCCCUGGCAGUGGCCAACUCCGAUCACCUGACGAUAUAUAAUGCAUAUAUAGGGUGGAAGAAGUCACAGACUGAGGGACAGAGAGUAGAAAUGUCCUACUGUAGGAAACACUUCCUCAACCGUACAGCUCUCAUUACAAUAGAGGAUGUGAAACACGACCUGAUGAGGAUGAUGGAGCAGGCGGGUUUCUGGUCGUCUCGCUCCAAGCAGCAGGCGGCCUCGCUGGCCAAGCAGCAGAUCUCUGUCCUAAACGCAGUGCUGACGGCGGGGCUCUACGACAGUGUGGGACGGGUCUUGUGCACCCCCUCCGUGGAUGUGCUCGAGCGAGUGGCCUGCACGGUGGAGACGCCCCAGGGAAAGGCUCAGGUCCACCCCUCGUCUGUUAACCGCAACCUGCAGACGCACGGCUGGCUGCUGUACCAAGAGAAGGUGAAGUACACUAAGAUCUACCUGCGAGACACCACUCUGAUACAUCCUUUCCCCAUGCUGCUGUUUGGAGGUGACAUUGAUAUUCAGCACAGAGAGAGGCUGAUCACACUAGACGGAUGGAUCCACUUCCAGGCUCCCGUUCGGAUUGGUGUGAUCUUCAAACACCUGAGGAAGCUGAUGGACUCUCUGCUGGAAAAGAAGCUAGAGAACCCGAGGAUGAAUCUGGAAGGUGAGAGGACCAUCCAGAUGAUUCUGGAUCUGAUCAAAUCAGAGCAUGCUAUGUGAUUACUGGACCACCAAAGGAUCUGAUUGCCACUGAAGAACCUGCGUACCAGUACAUUUUCUUACACCGUCGACAGACCUCUGCAUCCAGUAGUCCUGGGGAGUGCUGGAAAUGCUUCCUAUCUGCUGUGGUAUUCAGGAUGAGAACGGCUGCAGGCAAACAGCACCCAGCAGACAGAUGUGGGCAUCCUAAACAUGAACUAAUGUUUACCAGGAAGUCUUACUCACAUUGAGGAGGACUGUAUCAUAUAAAAUGCAAAAAUAACUUCUGAAAUUUGAGAGGAAAAAAAGAAUUAAGAGAAAAUUAUGUUGCCAAACAGGGUGGAAAUAAAGGUGUACACAUUUUUA